GCUUCGGCAGCACAUAUACUAAAAUUGGAACGAUACAGAGAAGAUUAGCAUGGCCCCUGCGCAAGGAUGACACGCAAAUUCGUGAAGCGUUCCAUAUUUUAUUUACAUGGUGUUUGCUGAUAAAUGCUAGUUGUUGUCACAAGUCUCCAAAAGUAAUUGCAAGAAAAACAAAAUAUUCAGAAAGAUAUGGAAAAAAUGUACACCACUACAGAUAUUUUAUAUUUGCUUACGGGGCAUUUCACGUUUUCUGCCCUUCUCGCAUCAUACCUCCUCCUAAUGCACAGACUGACGAUCUCUAUGUGAAACAUUGAAUUAUUUUCAAGCAUAUGCAAGUGUCCUUCUUUAGUUAUGCAAAUGUUUGUAGCCAUAACAUACAAUAACUUGCCGUGUUUUAACCACGCACCCUCCCCAAAUAAUUCCACAUUAACACACUCGCUAUAUAGAUUCCCUCUAAUUAUACAACGAGCCUUUCUCUCACUUCAUAUUGCAGUUCCUGUUUGUAUUAAACUAACCUAGCUAUAAUUUCUCUGUAAAUUAGUUACAAUUUCUCUAUUAAAUCGUUGUCAUAUACAUUCUGUUUUCACCAAUACUUUCCUAUUAUGUCUAAUUCGGUAUAAAUACUUGAGCUGUAGUUGUUUCGUAUUAUUUUUAAAGUCUGUGGAAUCAUUAGUCUUAAAAUAUUUUGUAAUACUUUGAGCUUUUCUCCCCAUGCCUCCGCAACAGUGGGAUCCUACCCAGUGGGUCUUUCCCGGGAAUCAAACGCCCUAACACAGCCCUCCCCAUGUACGUGCUUCAAACAACUCGUGUCGUGGGGCGGAUUGGGCUGUAUUUACAAAGGCCGAAAAAGUAACAACCCAAACCGGGUUUUUUUGUCAGCACAAGUUAGCUAAACUAUAUCUCGUGUCUGAAACACCUAAAUGUUAUAAGAAACAGAGUAAGCAACUAAAAUGCUACAAGAAUAAGCUUUUAUUUAUAGAAAAAGUGAAGUUCUGUCCUGUGGAUAUGUUUUGCUUUGGGCGUUUGAAAAGAUGGCAACCCUCACACAGAGUAGAAACAUGAUACACAUUUGAGAAGUAUCAGUCAGCAUUCCCAACUUCUAAUGUUUUCCAUUUACACGCUCUAGCGGCACGGUUAUGCUAUUUACAUACAUCCCGUGAUUCCAUGGCAACGGGCUAUUUGUAAACAGUGUUCACGCCACAGUUCACUGCCGGAUAUUUUUUAUCUGGCAUUUACGGUUAGGCUUUGGCCUAUCCUCUGUCGUGCCUGUGUUAUCUCCUCCCCCUGUCUGUCUACAGAACCCCGUAUAUUACGUAGUACUGAACAACCAGAAUCAUACACGGACUUUGAUCUGGGAGUAUUCUUUAUCCAGCGAGUAUCCUAUUAGGGUAUAGCAAGCAAGUGUACCGUCAAAUAGCAGCCACAUUAGUUUUUUCAUGCGCUAUUAUUUCAUAAUAUACGGUUAACACCUAACUUUUGCCCUUCCCUCCCGGAAGUUUUCUUGGACUUGCAAGCACUUGAUGUGUGGGUCUUAAGAAACAUGUUUUGUUAACAAAUCUGACUUGCAUGUAAAAGAUCUUCGCUGUUAAAAAAUCGACUGAUGUGUCUUUACAGAGGGAUUUCUUUUUAUUAUAAGCAAGGGUCAGAGACAUUUUAGAAGAGACUGUCAUGUAACCCAGUUGUAGGUAGGAAUCCUGACUGAUCUCGGAUUGCCUUAUCAGCAACAAAACCAUCUUUUGGGGAGGUGGUAGCGUCACGAAAAUUGGAGAAUUUCAACCUUCAUAAUUUCACUUUCGAUUUGUGUCAUCAGAAGAGCUUAGUUAAUUGCAUGUCGUGUUGUCAGAGUAUCGGUAUCCCAGCUUCUAUCAAGGUACAAAUAAAGAAAGAAACCAGUAAAAGACCAAAGUGCAAGAUCUUCAUUUGCCACGGGCUGAUCACCAGGUGAACAGUAUGUAUGUAGAAUGGUGACAGUUACGCAGAUGAAUAUCGCUGAAUGACAUCAUGGGAAAUGAAAGCACAAAACAGGGUACCUCUGGUCCUUCGCCAAGGUCAGUACCACUUCAGAAUAUGAACAGUGUAGAGGCCAUCUCAGAGGAGGUAGUGUGUUCCAUCUGUCUGGAAAUGUACGAUGACCCUGUUACCAUCGACUGUGGCCACAACUUCUGCCAGGUCUGUAUCUCAGCUCAUUGGGCAGCCAACUCAAAGACAGGCUCAACGUGCCCAGAAUGUCGCAGAACAUGCAGUAGAAACCAUAUGAUACCAGCACUGAGGAUGAAAAAUGUGGUCACUAAAAUCCGGGAUGCCCUUCAGAAACGCAGGGAAUAUUCUGAAGCUGCUGGUCCCCCUGCACCUUGCCAGAUUAUCGGGCUGGAUAAGGAUUCUAAGCUGAUCGUGCAUGAGGAAGAACUGAGAAGCUGCUUGGAACAGAAGAGUGUUUGGAAUCGUGCAGUGUGUUUCAUCUCUGUCAUUGGAGAACAGCGUAAAGGGAAAUCAUUCUUACUGAAUUAUAUCCUCCGCUGUCUGAAUAACCUGGGUGUUACAGAUGAUUCCUGGAUGGGAAGAGACGACGAGCCUUUAGAAGGAUUUGACUGGAGACCUGGCGUUAAUAGCACCACCAAAGGUGUCUGGAUGUGGAAUAAACCAUUUCUAGCUGAACGAGAUGGUCAGAAGAUUGCCAUUUUCCUGGUGGACACAGAAGGAUCUUUGGACAUAGAGCAAGACAAGGAAGCCAGUGUGAAGCUGUCCGCCUUUAGCAUGCUGAUGAGUUCCUAUCUGAUAUACAAUGUGGCCACAAUGUUGAAGGAAACAGACCUGGAGUACCUGGAGAUGUUUGUCCACGUGGCAGAAGGGGUUGGGAAAGCCUUCUCACUGCAGCCUAUCCAGCACCUAGAAUUUUUAGUGCGUGACCAUUUUUAUCCACCAGAAUUUGGCUCAGCAGCUGGCCAGGAGUACCUCAAAGGUGUUAUAAAGAAACUUGAGGCUUCAAGCAGACACAAAAGAAGUCUGGAACUGCUUCAGUCUAGAGCAAGCUGUUACCUCCUGCCAUUCCCAGGGAAGAAGAUUGCAGUCGGUGGUCAUGGAAGUUUAUCCGAAAUGGACGAAGACUUCAGGGAUUUUUUGAAGAAAUAUGUGCAUGAUGUUGUGACUUCCACAGUUGGAAAAUGCAUAAAGACAGACAGCAAUGGUGCUAUUUUAACAUGCAGAAGGAUGGUUGGAAAAAUUAAGAAAUUUGUGGAAAUAAUGAAGACAACAGAGUAUGGCUUCUCUUCACCCCUAGAGAUGGCUAUUGCACUGAAGAACAAAAUGGCACUGGAGAAUUUCAGAAAAGAGUUUCACAAAGCUGUCCAGCAAGAGGAGAAGAACUCAGAUAAUUUUGUCAAAACCUUGAAGACGACACCUAAAGAGAUGAAGGCAAAACUGGAACGGUGUGUUGAAGAGCUUCUAGCUUCAUGUAAAAAUGAGCUUGAAGGAGAAGAAGAGAAGAAGCAGGAACACCUUAUGUUACUGGCAGGUCAGAUUCAGGAAGAUUUGGAGAACUAUACCUCUGGAUAUGCAAAGAAGUUCAAGACCAGCGCAAUCAAAGCGGGAGUUGCUGCGGGCGCAGCGGGGAUUGGCCUUGCUGGAGGCAUGGUAGGUGCUGGUGUGGCUGGUGCAGUUCUCGCUACUGAAGCGCUCGUUAUUCUAGGCAGCAACUUAGCCACAGUAGCAGUCGGGGCACUGGCUGGGACAGGCACUUUUGCACUGGUAGGAGGGGGAGUUGGGGCCAAACUAGGAAGUACAUUUGGGAAAAAAGAAGAAGAAAAUCUGCAGAUGGCCACUGAGGGAACAGAAACAGAGGAAGAGGAUUUUGUAGACCUUGCCCAGGAUGUUGAACAAGUGACUUUACUGAGAUGACCAUCUGAUAAGAAAAAUAAAUAAAAAUAUUUUUUCUAUUUGUAGUA